AUGGAGUCACACUCAUCCACCACCUUCGCCGUUGUGCUCUGUCCAUUGUUAGCGGUGCUAAGUAUGUUCUUCCCACACCUCGAUCCACCGGCACACGUAUUUCGGGUGGGGUUCUCCGUUGCAAACGAGGGUGCCGGAUUGUUGGCAGAGUCCGGCACGGGACGGAGAGGUUCCCCCUUGGCAUAUAUGAGUUCCGACAUCAGGAUCAUCAUUGCAUUUUCCACUUAUGCAAAUCAAUUGGCCGGAGCAGUCAUCCAAGGUGCUGCAUGGACCAUCACAGGUAGAAAGGGCAUUUCCAGGCGAAGAGAGGUUGAGGGUAUAAAUCACUAUAAGCAAAGAAAUUAA